AUGGCGAAGAUGGAGGUGGCAAAGCGCAUCCAGGGACUGCGAGAUAGCGUGUGGACGGAGUUCGCCGAGUUUUCUCACGAGACGGAUGCUAUAAACCUGGGUCAUGGAUUUCCCGAUUUCCGGCCACCGGAGUUUGUUGUAAAAGCACUGCAGCACCCAGACUACCGCAGUGAGCUGCACCAAUACACUCGGGGAUUUGGUCACCCGCGCCUUGUCAGGGCACUCGCCAAGAUGUACUCUGGCCUCACGCGACGCGAGAUAAACGCGCAGGAGGAAGUGCUUGUCACGUCAGGAGCCUACGAAGCGCUUUUCGCCGCCUUCCAAGGUCUUGUCAACCCUGGCGAUGAGGUGAUCAUCAUUGAACCAUUUUUCGACUGCUACGAGCCCAUGGCGCUGAUGGCCGGAGGAGUUCCCGUCUUCAUUCCCCUCCGUCCCAGAAAGCAUGGAGAAGUUUCCAGUGCUGACUGGCUGCUGAACACAGACGAGUUGACCUCGAAGUUCAACUCUAAAACUAGGAUGAUUGUUGUCAACACACCCCACAAUCCAACGGGAAAGGUUUUCUCCCGGGAAGAACUCGAAGUAAUCGCCCAUCUUUGUAGGAAGCACGAUGUCAUCUGUCUCAUGGACGAGGUUUACGAAUGGAUAAUUUAUGAAGGUGCCAAGCACAUCAGGAUGAACACUCUUCCCGGUAUGUGGGAAAGAACUAUAACUGUCGGAAGUGCUGGAAAGAGCUUCAGUAUCACUGGAUGGAAGAUCGGCUGGGCAUACGGUCCCCAGCACCUGCUCAAGGGCCUACAGCUUGUCCACCAGUACUCCGUCUACGCUCUCAGCACUCUCCUUCAGGAGGUGAUCGCGGUGGGCUUGGAAAAAGCGAUGGAGCCCGGAAGUGAAUCUUCGGAAUACUGGUGCGACCUGUCUCGGGCACUGCAGAGCAAGCGAGAUUUCAUGUGCGCCUCCCUCAGGGCUGCUGGCAUGGCGCCCACAGUGCCCCAGGGGGGAUACUUUCUCGUCUGCAACUUCUCCUCGCUCGCAUCAAAACUCAACUUGGAAGGCGAUGAAUCCAAGGACUACUUGUUCGCUAGGUGGCUUUCCAAGACAAAAGAUGACUCAACUCUUCAGAAGGCUGCGGACAUCCUCAUGGAACUAAAGACAUUGUAA